CUGGUAAGAAGACACAUGCAGUGAUACACACAUACACAAAGAAGGAAUAAUGGCAGUCGCAGCUGAAAGGGCAUAUUAUCGUUUUCUGGUUCUUUUCUUCAACUGCCUGCUCAUGUUUGGCUCUUAUUUCUGUUUUGAUCUCCCGAGUGUACUUCAGGAUCAGUUUCAGGGGAACAUAACCUGUCAAAAUGGGACAUCCACUAACCACAGUGGGGGCUGCGUGGAGGGUCUGGGGAUGAGCCCUGAAGAGUAUAAUUUACUCUUUGCCAUCUACGCGUGGACUGAUGCCCUUCUGGGGAUAGCGGCCGGCUUCCUCAUCGAUAAACUCGGAAAUCUAUUUGGAUUGUUCCUUUUUUCACUUUUGACUGUUCUGGGCUCGGCGUUAUUUGCACUUGGUUCCCAUUUUAAAGGAACGCCAUACCUGCUACCUCUAAUGCUAACCGGGCGGCUGUUGUUGGGUUCUGGAAAUGGUUCACUGUUCACUGUUCAGAACAGAGUUACAGCAUUUUGGUUCAAAGGGAAAGAACUGGCUUUGGCGUUUGGUCUGACCAUCUCAUUAUCGCGACUUGGCAGUGUAUUCAAUUUCUUCUUCACUCAACAGUUUGAGAGUCACUAUGGCAUCCUGUGGACUCUCUGGGGAGGAACCAUCCUUUGUGUAUUGAGCUUUCUGGCAGCAAUCACAGUUAGUAUACUGGAUAAAGUCGGCAUGAAGCAAUUGGGAUUGGAUGGAGCCAUGCAGGAAGAAUCCAAGAAAGUGCAAAUGCAGGAUGUGCGACACUUACCAUUACGCUAUUGGCUGCUGGUCUUUACUAUCACGUUCUUCUACAAUAGCGUAUUCCCAUUUGUGGCAGAUGCCAGUAAGUUCAUCCAGGAUAAAUACGAAGGCUAUGACCAGAAGACAGCAGCCUAUAUCGCUGGGGCAGUUUAUGACAGCGCUUUGGUUCUUUUAGUGGCCAGUGGAAUGUUAAUUGACUUUGUAGGAAUGAGAGGGGUGACAGCUUUCCUUUGUGCUGUUCUGACACUUCCAGUCUUUGCUCUUUUGGGUUUUACAUUUGUUCCACCACUGGUAUCCACUUUGUGGCUUGGAGUUACAUAUUCCUUUUUUGCGGCAAGUGUGUGGUCGGCAAUACCCCUUGUGGUCCCACAAGCUAUCCUGGGAACGGCCAUGGGGUUUACCAACUUCGUGCAUAUGCUUGGAAUUGGUCUGUGUAACCUGGGUGUAGGCAAAAUCCUUGGUACUAAAUUCAGUGAAGCGAAGAUCCCACUGUGGCGUUGGCAGAAGGUGAUGAUAUUAAUGCUGGCAAAUACCAUAGCGUGUAUAGCAACCACUGUCAUCCUGAAUAUAGUAGACAAGAAACAGGGUGGAACACUAAACAAGUUGACAAAACGGGCAGAUUCCAAGGAUGAAUCAGAUUGCAUCCCAAUCCUAAACAUGAAGAAUGGCAAAUAUCAGGGCUAGCGGCUACGAUCCUUUGACAGACUGGGUAACUGCACAGCAAGUUUGUUUCAGGUGCUGGAGUCAAACUCUCUACCAGUUGGUCAUGCGUUGCAGCCGGGAAAUGCACCCUUCUGAGACAGAUUGACACUAAUCAUGAUGGGAUGCAAAUUGUGUUACCAACACACCUCGCAAUAUUCACUCUGAAUUGAUUACUUUGGUUUUACAUGUUACAGUAUUUAUCGUUUUCUUUUUUUAACGUCACUUACGUAACAGCUGCUCAAACAGUGUGUUAGACUGGAAAUCACAACAGGGUCUGGAAACGCUGCCAUGGACUUAUGCACUAACAUGUUUGUGUUUUUCUUUGUCUCUGUAAUGAGCUGCUGGGAAUACUCAAAGAAGUCACCAUUCAGAUGAAUUAUCAAUAAGCAUUCAA